CAUCAUUGCAGGCUGCGACUUGAAGACACUAAAUUAACUCAGCUAUUUUUGUUUUUUUGUUUGGUUUUUUCGUUUUGUUAUUUAUUUUUAGUGAUUUUCGUCAUAGUAGUCAUAGCGUAGUAAGGAUUCACUAUGGAGGUCCCUUACAAGUUAGAAGUGAUUGCUUUGACUACAAUCAUCAUUAAACUGGGUGUCUCAGUUUUCCCAUAUUCUGGCAAAAAUCAACCUCCAAAAUUUGGAGAUUAUGAAGCUCAAAGACAUUGGAUGGAAAUUACGGUUAACUUACCCAUACAGGAUUGGUAUAGAAAUACAACAGACAAUGAUUUAUUGUACUGGGGACUGGAUUACCCUCCUCUCACAGCAUAUCAAAGCUACCUAACUGGAUCGGUGGCUAAGAAAAUCAACCAAGACUAUGUAAAACUCCAUGUGUCUCAGGGAUUUGAAAACUUUGACCACCAAUAUUUCAUGAGGAUGUCCGUCCUUGUGUCUGAUUGUAUUUUCUUUGUCAGUGCACUUUAUUUUUACAUUAGAAGCUUGAAGAUGAGUAAUAAGUACAAAUGGGUUUUCUUUGCUUUGUCCUCACACUCUGGACUCACCCUUAUAGAUUAUGGUCAUUUUCAGUACAAUUGUGUUUCGUUGGGGUUGACCUUGUGGGCAAUCAUUUUUGUUUCUCAGGGAAAGAAUGUGUUAGCAGCAAUUGCCUUUUCAGCUGCCUUAAACUUUAAGCAGAUGGAGUUGUAUCAUGCAAUACUUCUAUUUGCUGGCUUCUAUUUGCUGGCUUCCUGUCAACCUAAAGGUUCCUCACUUCCCUCCCAACUAAAGAAUUUGGUCCAGAUUGGCGCUGCCACAGUGGCGACCUUUGCAAUCAUUUGGUAUCCAUUUCUUCAAAUUCAUGAUUGGCUUUUACAGCAAGUCAUCGUCAGACUCUUUAUUCCUUUUCAGCGUGGAAUCUUUGAAGACUAUGUCGCCAAUUUUUGGUGCACGCUAAAUGUUGUGAUCAAAAUCAAACGACUAUUAAACCCAACCUCAAUCGCCUCGGGAACUAUCACCUAGGCCAUGCCCGUGCCUGAAAGAAAAAGUCAGGACGUUGAUUCGAACGGAUUCGAAUGCAACGAGCACUAAGUACGGUCACAUUAUUGGAGGAAUGACCGUGUGCUUGGUUCGUGAUUUGGAGUCACAAGUGAUAGCUGCAAGCUGAUAUCACUCGAACCACUGCACCAACCCGACUAAGCGUAUACUUACCUAUCAUACUUACCAUACGAAAUUUGCUUCAUCAAGUCUUUUAUACUGUCUCAUAGAUGAUCGAAAAAAGCUGCAGCUCAUUAUGGCGUCAGUUUAGCUUUAAUGCUAAAUUUCGCAAACACGGUGAACUAGAUUGACAAUAAUAAAAAAUGAACUUUAUUCGUCACUUGCUGUGUUACUUAUUAUUAAGAAUCUCAAUUAUGCUAAACAAAUUUUGACACGCAAAAAAUGCUACAAUAGAAACGGAAACGGUUGCACUCACGGAUCGUGACUGGAACAUGUAUACCAAUCCCGCCAUAAGACCUAGAAGUUACUCUUCGGUUGCCACCAGGUGGCAUAUGAGUAGCAUAUUUCUAUGAAUAUGAAAUCUUUUGAUGGCUGUCGUUCGGCCCGUUACAUUGGCGAUUGUAUGGAAGUGAAAAUGACUAGCUGGUUGGUUACUACAGUCAGUAUGUCGUAUUGUGCACGUCAUAUUCGCCUUGUUUUCUGUAGAUGACAGAAAACGGCAGAAACGACAAGAAGACUCAUGCCUGAACAGAUUCGUUCUGUUCUGUUAUAAUCUAGUAAAUGCUUUUGUAUUGUACAAAUGCAAUUUUAGUUUCGAUCGAACUGAUCACACCGGAAUCUUUUCAGCCUUGUUAGAUUGUGGGGUAAAUGAUGUCGCUGUGCGCACUGCAAAAAUGUUUUUCUUUUUCUCGUAGAAGCCGACUUUGAAUAAAAUGUAAAACAAAACAAAAACUCAAGCAAUCAUUUUAGUUUAUAUUGUUAUGAAUUGGAUUCUGGGAAACUAAUUCGAAGGCAACGUUAUAUCCACUUCAAGAGAAACAGACGAAUGAUUGUCGUCGGAGAGAAAAGGAGGGAAGAAGCGGGAAGAAGAGC